UCCAGUUAUUCCAUUCGGCAAGCGAUGGAGCGCACGAGGAAGACCGCUGUCCGCCACCGAGGCCGUUUUGCACCGGACCAUACGGUGUGGAUAUGUUUUGUUUUCAUCCUGAACGCGUCCGCGGCGUCUGCCGCUCACCUGCGCCCGUGUAAUGAGGCGGACUACUACUUUGAGUACACGGAGUGUGACAGCACCGGGUCCAGAUGGAGGGUGGCCAUUCCUCUGAAUCCAGGAGAGUGUAUAGGACUACCAGAACCCGUGCAGGGCACCGACUGCACAUUCUCGUGCAAAGCGGGGGAGUUUCUGGAGAUGUCUGCUCAGGAGUGCACUCCGUGUGCGGCUGGCACUUAUUCGCUGGGCAGCGGCCUGCGUUUGGAUGAGUGGGGCGACAUUCCUCCUGGAUUCAGCAGCCUUGCAACCAGCCCUGACAACUCGCCCAACAGACAGAAUGCGUCCACCUGCAGCAGUGCAAAGUGGGUCUCUCAGGGCUCGUAUCUGGAGUCCAACAGAGAUGAGUGUACUGUGUCUCUGAUCUACACUGUACACUUGAAGAAGCCGGGGUCAGUGUACUUUGACUACCAGUAUGUGGAUAACAGCAUCUUCUUUGAGUUCUUUAUUCAGAACGACCAGUGUCAAGAGAUGGACCAGGAUUCAAAUAAAAAAUGGAUCAAAUUAACUACUCAUGGAGAGUGGGGAACACAUAGUGUGAAUCUGAAUUCUGGCACUAAUAUCCUGUAUUGGAGAACCACUAGAGUAACACUCGGCUCUAAAGCAGUCAAACCUGUACUCCUGAAGAACAUACGGAUCGAAGGUGUGGCGUAUACAUCAGAGUGUUUUCCAUGUAAGCCUGGGAUGUUCAGCCGCACCCCGGGCUCCUCCUCCUGUGAGUCCUGUCCACGAGACACGUAUUCUGGCCGAGGGGCCAGCUCCUGCACACCUUGCAACACAAAAACACACUACGCCUCAGAAGGCUCUGCCAUGUGCAAAAGUAGACCGCCAUGCUCAGAAAAAGACUACAUCCAGACAUACAGCACUUGUGAUAAAGAUGGAAAGACUCAGGUCAUAUAUAAGUGGGUAGAGCCUCAGAUUUGUUUGGCAGCUGCUGCUGGCGCAGUAACACUGCCACCUUCUGGUCAGCGUGAGCCUUGUCCACCCUGUAAUCCUGGUUUCUAUAACAACGACACUGCCAUCUGUUCUCCCUGUCCACCCGGGACUUACUCCGAUGGGGUCAAAGCAUGCCAGCCUUGUCCAGCUGGCACGGAGCCUGUCCUCGUCUAUGACUACAAGUGGUGGAACGUGCUGCCUGCCAACAUGAAGACAUCCUGCUUCAACGUGGCCAACAACAAUUGUGAUGGAUUGAAUGGUUGGGAAGUAGCGGGUGAUCAUGUACAAUCAGGAGCAGGUCGUUCAGAUAACGAUUAUCUCAUAUUAACUCUCACGGUGCCUGGAUUCAAGUUGCCUGUGUCAGUUCGAGGAGCAUCCGGCAGUGAGUACAGCCGGAUCACUUUUGAGUUUGAAACCAGCUGCUCAGCUGACUGCGAGUUCUACUUCAUGACGGAUGUGAACAGAAGGAGCACAAAUGUCAUUGAAUCAUGGGAGGGGAGUAAAAGCAAACAGAGUUACACACACAUCAUGACUGAAGACUCUUCUGUUGUGUUCACCUGGGCUUUUCAACGCACCAGUCAGGCUAGUGAUGUGCGUCAGUAUGUAAAUGACAUGGUGAAGAUUUACUCUGUGACUGUCACUAAUGCCAUGGAUGGAGUGGCAUCAGCGUGUCGGGUGUGUGCCCUGCAGUCUCAGCAGUCCGGCUCCUCCUGUGUGCCCUGUCCAGCUGGACACUACAUUGAUAAAGAGACCAACCAGUGCCAAGAGUGCCCUCCUAAUGCUGUCCUAUCUGGGCAUCACAUCUAUGGCAAAGAAGUGUGUCAGCCGUGUGGGCCAGGCAGCAAAAGCAACAAGGAGCACAGUGUGUGUUUCAGCGACUGUUUGUUCACAUGCACUGACCAGAAUCGGACACUUCGGUAUGACUUCAGUGCUCUGAACUCCACUGGGUCCAUCAUGAACGGGCCCAGCUUCACUGGGAAAGGCACAAAGUAUUACCACCUCUUCAAUAUCAGCCUGUGUGGAGCUGAGGGUCACAAGGCUGCGGUCUGCAGAGAUAAUGUCACAAACCUGCCCAAUGAGGACGCUGAAGGUGGUCAGCUGGGCAGUUCAGUGGAGGCUUUUCUCUGUCAAUCAACGAUUAUCCCAUCUGAUGGGCGGGGCUUAAGAACAGCUCUUUCCUCUCAGUCCAUUAGCCUGGCCGACACUUUUCAGGGAGCCACAGUGGAGAAAUCUCUUAACGGAAUAACCACCAGACCAGAACUAUUUCCAUCUGCAUCCGAGAGAAUCCCAGAUGUCCACUUCUUCUAUCGAUCUACACAGGUCACAACCUCAUGUCCGAGAGGCAGGAAUGCAGUGGUUUCACUGCGCUGUAACCCGGAGAAAACAAUGAGGGGAGACUUAUCUGUGCCCAGUGAGUGUCCUGCAGGGACCUGUGACGGCUGCACAUUCCACUUCCUGUGGGAGAGCUCUAGCGCAUGCCCGCGCUGCGCUGCUGUCGACUACCACGCCAUUGAAGGAGCCUGUAAGGCAGGAGUGCAGGGCAACAAGAAGAGCGGUGAAGCCAUCCAACUGCAAUUCUCCAAUACAGAGAAGUCUGUGUGGGGAUAG